AGUAAUAGCCAAAUGGUUAUUUGAAAAAAUAAUCUCUGAAUGAAAUGUUGAAUCUUCAUGCAUGUCUUCAAGGUAAAGUAAAAACAAGAAAAUCCAUAUUUAGCAUCCUGCCAGUAUCCUUCAUGUGGCCACCUAUUUUAUUCUUGAAAUGAAAAACACAAACACCUUUUUUGUAGAUGGAGUUUAUCUAGGCUGGUUUGUUAUGCUACUUGUAAAUAAUUAAUACUAAAUAGAAAGGAAAUAAUGCAGUCUGUUUUACCCCAUAACCCUAUGUUGCUUCUACUUUAGCAAUCCAUGUUUUUGUCUCUGAAAUUUGAGUUUGUAUGGACCAUCUAUAAAAAAAAAAAAUUGUGAGGACUUGUUAUCUUGAAAACUAAUGAGAUCCAGGGAAUCUAUAUUUUCACUUCUUACGUCAAAGCUGUAACCAUUAAAAAUAUGAUUAAAAAUAUGUGUAGGGGGUCAUUUGAAAUGAAGGAUAAUAUUCAAUAAUUUUUUUUUCAAAUUUAAAUGGCAGGGUGCUAAACAUGAGUUUUUCUCCUUACUUUGCCUCAGAUAUGACUUGUGAAGAAUGAGUGAUCAGAUCCCAUCUCUUCCUGCGGCACUCCUGGCUGGAGGCGUGACAGGAACUAUCGUAGACUGUACCCUCCAUCCCAUCGACACCAUCAAGACCAGACUACAGACUCCUGGUGGCUUGUGGAAAGCCGGUGGGUUCCGAGGUUCUUUUGCCGGUAUCUUGCCUGUUCUCAUAGUAACGGCUCCCAACUCGGCCAUAUUCUUUGGCAUCUAUGAGACUGCAAAGGCACUUGGUGAGGCGCAUCUCCCGGCGAAGUACGAGCCAUGGAUCAUGAUGUCCGGUGCAACGGCCGGGGAAGUGUCUUCGUUGUUGAUACGGGUUCCUGCGGAAGUCGUCAAACAACGUGCCCAGGCCACUAGGAAACCCAGCCUCGCCAUCCUACGGGAUGUUCUGAAGCAAGACGGAUACCGUGGCCUUUACAGAGGAUUUGCCAGUACGGUCUUAAGGGACGCACCGUAUGCCUUUGUUCAGUAUCCGCUGUGGGAACUCUGCAAGAGGAUCUGGGCAAGGCAGCAGGGAUAUCCGGUGACGGUGUGGCAGUCGGGUAUAUGUGGUGCUAUAGCGGGUGGUUUUGCGGGAAUCGUCACGACACCCUGCGAUGUGGUGAAGACAAGAGUCAUGCUUGGAGGACAAGGAUCCAAGGGCCACAUUGAUCGUAUUCCAGAUAUCCUCAGAACUCUACUCAAGGAGAAGGGGGUUAGGGGAUUGUUCUAUGGAGUUGUGCCUCGUUUCAUUUGGAUGUCUGUUGGUGGGGCAUACUUCCUUGGGCUCUAUGAAAAGUGCAAAAUUCAAUUUAUGCAGUAUGUGUAAAUUACUAAGUAAUCAGCUAAAAAAAGAUAAUAAUUAUUCCUCUACCCCAAAAAGAUGCCGGUGAUGUACAUGUAUAUUUUCUGUGUUGUCUGUUCAUCCAGAUAGUAAAAACUUGUUUUGUGGAUGAAACAGCGAUGCACUUCAAGAGGAUCUCAUUGCUAACUUCACAUCCUGCAGCUGUGUCCUUGUGAAAUGUUGACUUUCUCAAGGAACUUAAUGGCAUGGUACUAUUUGAUAUAAUUCUGUUCCCUGUAAAAAAAAAAUUGUAACUGAAUAAUAAUAAUAUCGGCAUAUUUACCCAGGGUAGCCACUUCAGUUCCGAAAACUGUUCUCCCAGCGGGCCCUGCUAUCAUUAUACAAUUGAUUGAAUAUACAAUUGAUUGUAAUUUGAAGUCUAUGGAAAAUCACAUUAAAAAAAAUUACAAUCGCUUUGAAAUAUUGUAUAUUUUUUACACUGGGCCUUGGGCCCUUUGUAGAAUGUGUUGCAUUUUAAAUGCAGUAAAAAAAUUAAUAAUCAUACCCAAUUCACUAAUGCAUGCUCCUGAUUGGUCAGAAAUCAAGUUGCGUUUGUUGUCUCACCUGCAUAGCAGAGUGAGACUAUAGGCGCCGCUUUUCCGACGGCGACGGCGGCGGCGGCGUCAACACCAAAUCUUAACCUGAGGUUAAGUUUUUGAAAUGACAGCAUAACUUAGAAAGUAUAUGGACCUAGUUCAUGAAACUUGGCCAUAAGGUUAAUCAAGUAUUACUGAACAUCCUGCCUGAGUUUCAUGUCACAUGACCAAGGUCAAAGGUCAUUUAGGGUCAAUGAACUUAGACCAUGUUGGGGGAAUCAACAUCAAAAUCUUAACCUAAGGUUAAGUUUUUGAAAUGUCAUCAUAACUUAGAAAAUAUAUGGACCUAGUUCAUGAAACUUAUACAUAAGGUUAAUCAAGUAUCACUGAACAUCCUGCAUGAGUUUCACGUCACAUGACCAAGGUCAAAGGUCAUUUAGGGUCAAUGAACUUUGGCCGAAUUGGGGGUAUCUGUUGAAUUACCAUCAUAACUUUGAAAGUUUAUGGAUCUGAUUCAUGAAACUUGGACAUAAUAGUAAUCAAGUAUUACUGAACAUCCUGCGCAAGUUUCAGGUCACAUGAUCAAGGUCAAAGGUCAUUUAGGGUCAAUGAACUUUGGCCAAAUUGGGGUAUUUGUUGAAUUACAGCCAUAAAUUUGAAAGUGUGUUGGUCUAGUUCAUAAAACUUGGACAUAAGAGUAAUCAAGUAUCACUGAACAUCCUGUGCGAGUUUCAGGUCACAUGAUCAAGGUCAAAGAACUUUGGCCACGUUGGGGGUAUUUGUUGAAUUGCCAUCAUAUCUCUAUAAGUGUAUUGGUCUAGUUCAUAAAACGUGGAAAUACGAGUAACCAAGUAUCACUGAACAUCUUGUGCGAGUUAUAGUAGUUUUCAAAAUCAGCACUGCUGCUAUAUUGAAUCGCGUGAUGCAGGUGAGACGGCCAGAGGCAUUCCACUUGUUUUUUAUUACAACUCUUUUUGAAGCAUGCUCUUGAUCUGGCAGGGGUAGAGGCUUAAUACAGUAAUGAUGUGCAUAUAUUUGAGAAUAAAUUUAUUUCAAUUGAUAAAUUGUGACUUAUAUUUUAAUCAACUUAUCAUGCAAUGGAUGUAAUUCUGUACUUUUACAUUCCAGAACGACACACAAUCUUGAUACACGAUAAAUUUAGUUCAUUGAAAAAAAAAAGUUUAAUAGGCAGCUUUAUAUUUGUGACAUAACAUCUGUGAUAAGUACUGUCAAAAGCUUGAAUAGUGUACUUGUACUUCUGUUCUUGUAGUUCGUAAAGUUUCAUUGAAAUAAUACAUGUAAUUUUAAAUAACAUUUUAAAAAAAGAUUGCAUAUUCCCGAAAUAUUUUGGAUUAGUUUAUGAAAAUCCCGGAUGAAAGUCAGUUUCCUUGAAUUUUUCUCACUGCUCCCUUUUUUAUUACCUUUUGUUAGAAAUUGAGGUCUCAUUAAAUCCUGAUAUAUUGAACCCAUGUAUGACACUGAAUGAUGUUUUUAUGUGUGCUUUUGAUAUGGUCAUGCAUUGUUAUCACCUUCGGUAUUAUUAACUGAACAUUCACAUCCUAGAUAGUAGAUACAUUACUUCCACAUAUUUUACUGUAGAACUUUUCUUCAUUUCCCAGGGGAACUUUUUGAAGAUGAAAACUAAGGCUGAGGCACAACCCCUUUUAUUUGAUAUAGUUGUUGUAUUGCAAUUAGGCAUAUUCAGACCGACUUAAUCACCAGAGUACAUGUUCAAUUAUGAGAACUUUUUCAGGCUAAAAAAUACCUGUUAAUUAUUCCUGCAUUCACACCGCCCAGAAACAUACCCUUCGGGAUACAUGUAAGUUCCUGAAGUAACAAGCAUGUGCGAUAUGGUCUGAUAAGCAAGCAAGGCGCAAGAUUCAAAAUCACUUGCUCAGCAGCCACCCACGGCGCCCGCACCCAACUACACGCUAGGCUAAAAGUUCCCUUUAUUUGCUUUCACACUGCCAAAAUACCUGCGACCCUAGAACCC